CGUAAAGAUUGGUAAAUAUAUUAAUUGAGGUUCCUAGGCAAUUUGUUUUGCGCCGAGUUCCAAGUUUCAAAUUCCAGACACUCCCAAUUUCUACUUUCUAAAGCGCGAACGAUCGAAAAACGAUCGAGUAUGAAUGAGGCUCGAAUGAAUGCUUAAUCUCGCCCCACUCCGUCUUCUUACUACUUCAAGAGGGCGGAAAAUGACCUCAACGCCAAAAGAUAUCACCAUAAUUGGUGGAGGAAUUAUCGGCUGUUGUACUGCGUAUUUCCUUACUCGACACCCUUCCUACUCUCCCGAGACGCAUCGCAUAACUCUCCUCGAGGCCUCGUCAAGUAGUGCUGGAGGGCGAACCUCGGAAAGCAUCCAGGACCCGGCGACGCUAGCCGACCCCACAACCGCGUCUAAGAAGAACCCCGCUCACGAUGGUAUCGCAGGCGGUGCAAGUGGCAAAGCGGGUGGCUUACUCGCGCUAUGGGCUUUCCCAUCGGAAAUUGUGCCGCUGAGUUUUAGAUUGCACGCCGAGCUCGCAAAGGAACACGGCGGCGAUAAGAGAUGGGGAUAUAGGCGGUGUUAUGCUAGCCAGAUCGAUUGCCGCGCGCGUUUACCGCCUGGUUUCGACAACAGCCUGGCGGUGGGAACGGAGCCUGUCAGAGGGAAACCGGAGCAGCGCUCAAAGGGCCUCCAUAAGGAUCAUAAAACAGAUAUCAAAGCUCUUCAAAAGCUUGGCGCCCCCGAAGAUUUAGAUUGGCUGGAUACGGAUGAUGCCCUAGCUGCCUACGAGGAAAUGUCUACGCCAGAUAAGACAGCGCAAGUUCACCCAGAACUAUUCACUCGAAGUAUGGCACAAUUAGCUGAGGAACAAGGAGUGAAGAUCGUGACAGGCGCAAGAGUUACGACUAUCAACAAGACUGCGGACGGAAAGAGCGUGGAGAGCGUAACGUUUAUCAAAGAUGAUAAAGAGGAAAUACUACCAACUACAGAUUGCAUAGUAGCGGCAGGUCCAUGGACGACUCGUCUCUUACCUGAUGUCCCUAUUACCGCGGCUCGCGCGCAUAGUGUCGUCAUCAAGACGCCGAGGCCCGUGUCCGCAUAUGCACUCUUCACUUCAAUCAUGCUGCCCACCGGCUUCCCCACUCCAACGCCACAGGAUGCUAGGCGAAAGUCAACAACCAUACGACCUCUAAUAGGACAACAGAUUGUAGAACCUGAAAUUUACGCACGACCUGACGGCACCGCAUAUGCCUGUGGGCCCACAGACAACGCUAUCGAGUUGCCCCUUACAAGUGCCGACGUCGAAGUUGACACGGCGCGAUGUGACGAUAUCAUAUAUCAGGUCAGCGGGAUAAGCGAUGAGCUGGGGAAAGAUGGACAAGUACUUGCGAAGCAGGCGUGUUAUCUACCUCAGGGGGGUCCUUGGAUAGGUAAGGUAGACGACACCGAAGGGUUGGUCGUCGCGGCAGGACACACAUGCUGGGGCAUUCAGAACGCGCCUGCAACGGGGAAAUUAGUAAGCGAGAUCGUCUUUGAUGGCAAGGCGAAGAGCGCAAAGCUAGGGAGUUGCGAUCCUGCGCGGAUGGGUGCGUUAUGGAGGUAGCUUAGCGUAAGUUGAAUAUAACCCUGAAUUGAGAAAUAAU